GUUUUUUUUAAUUUUGUUUUCAUUGAUUUUUUUUGGUUGAACAAAAAAAAUGUCCGCAUCAAUCAAUCAAUUUUCAACUAUAAAUCAAUUGGAUGAUUUAAAAACAACAUUAAUACCUGAAAAUCGAACCAGACAAGAAAUAAAUCGUGAUGAUGAUUGGGAUAAUCGUUGGAAUUGGGAUACAAGUGAAUUAGUUUAUGAUGAUAAUAAUGAUGAUAAAAAAUAUAUUUGGUUAAAUGAAUGUCUAAUUUCAUUAUCACCAUUUUUGGAUAUGUUAAUUAUUGGACGAUCAAAAACUGUAUCGAUAUUUCAUUUGAAACAAAAUUCAGCAGCUAAUAAUGAAUUCAAUCCAAUUUAUACGACAACAUUACCCGGAAUCGAGAAUGAUGAAACAUUAACCAAUAUUGUAUUAUUACCAUUUGUAUCACAGAAAAAAUCUGCAGUAAAUUUUCGUGAUUGGACAGCAAUUUUAACCGGAUUUUCAUCCGGUUAUUUUCGUAUUUAUACUGAAAAUGGAAAAUAUCUUCUAUUAUCACAGCUAUUUCAUGAUGAACCAAUUUUAGAUAUUAAAUGUCGUACUUAUUCACAAAAUCUUUUGCUAUUAGAACAAACAGAUGAAAUCCUGAUUAUUUAUCCAACAGCAAUCAUCCAAAUUGAUGGUUUUAGUCUAUUUCAAAUGAUUAAACAUUGUCGUAAUCGUUUAAUGAAAUCAUCAGAUGAAACAAUGAAUAUUGUUGAUGGUGGCCUAUCAUUUUUCAAUAAAGAUAAUAAUCAUGAUAAUAAUCAAACACCAUUUACAUUUAAAAAAUGGUCAUUUCAAACAUCAUCAUCCGAUAGUCAUAUUAAUGAUUGUGUAAAUGUUUGUUCAUUUAUUCGUAAUGAUUUUGAUGCAUUAGUAUCACAUUCAAUUGAUAAUGGUGGUGGUAACAAACCAUUAACCAAUGAUUAUGCUAAUCUUUUUUUUACAACCGGUACAAAUCCUUACGUUGGAUUCUAUCGUGCACAAGAGGGAACAACACAUGCAAUAAUUGAUGAAUUAUCACAAUAUCUAAUGAAUAAAGUGAAAAAUGUUUUUUCAUUUUUCAAUCAACAAAAAUCACCGAAAAAUGAUAAAGAAAUGAUAAAACCAUCGACAAAUGUUUCGGCCGAUUUAUCAUUAUUUGAUGAACGUUUAGGUUUGAAAAUUUGUUUAUCACCAAAUCGACGAUUAGCAGCUGUAACCGAUGAUUUCGGAAGAGUUAUAUUGUUCGAUAUGCAAAAUCUAAUUGCUAUUCGUAUUUGGAAAGGUUAUCGUCGUGCUGAAAUUGGUUGGAUUGUUAUUGAUGAAGAUUUAGAACAAUCAUCCACAGAUAUUAGCAAUCGAAAACAGGCACAUUUUUUAGUUAUUUAUCUACCAAAACGUGGUAUACUAGAAAUUUGGUCCGCACAAAAUGGACCACGUGUUACAGCAUUUAAUGUUGGAAAAAAUUGUAAACUAUUAUAUAUUGAUCAUACAAUGUUUGGCCUUAAUUAUGUGAUACUACAAAAUAUUAAACAAACAAUGAGCUUUCAAGAAUAUCAACAAUUUUUUUCAUAUUCAAGAUGUUUCCUAUUCAAUUAUGAUACUGGAAUGAUUUUUCAAUUUUAUAUACCAUUUCUUUGUUCAUUAACCGAUAAAAAUAGUAAAAAAACACGUGAUAUACAUAUAAUGAAAGAUUUAAAAAAUUUAUUAAAAAAAUCGGAUUCCAAUAUUGAUCAAAAGACAAAAUUCAUGGAUGAAAUAAUGAAAUUAAUAUCAAUGUUAAAAACAUCUGAAAUUAGACAUGAAUGUUUAGAUUUAAUAUGUAACGAAUGUCAAGAUGUAAAUCUAAUUCUUGAAUGUACAAAAAAUUUACAAAAAGAUUUACUUGAAUUAUUGGAACGAAAUGAAUUAGAUUUUGAAAAUAAAUUAUUAUUACAAAUGUGUGCUCGAAUUAUUCAACUUUGUCAAUAUUAUUUAAAUGUCAAAAAUCGAACAGAAGAAUUGGAAACGAAAUUCUUGAAAUUAAUUGAACAACAAAAUGAACAACAACCAGAUUUACAACGAUUGACAGAACAAUUGAAUGGUUGGUCAGAAAAUGAUGUUGUACGUAUAAUAUCAUUAUUAGCAUUUCGUCAAUCGGUAUUGAAAUCGACAACAACAACAAAUGUAACUGAUGAAAUGAAGAACAAUUCAACAAUUUUAAAUGAUUUUACAAUCAAUGAAAUGUUAUCACAUUUUACAUUAUAUUAUAAUCAUUUAGUGAAAAAUGAUCAGCAAGAAAUUUAUGAAAAUUUACCAAUUGAAAUUAUAUUGAUGAAAGAAAAUAUGACAAAUGUCAAUGUUAAUAUGAAUAACAGUAACAAAAAGAAAAAGAAUCAAACAACAAACAGAUUUGAAAACAAAAACAAACAAAGAUCAACGAUCAAUAAUAUUGAUAAUAUUGAUCAAUUUAUUAAUCUGGAAAGAUUAUCAAAAUUUUUAUUUUUUACAACAUUCGUAGAUGAUGAUGAUGAAUCGAACGUAAAAAAUCUAACGGAUAAUGUUUGUAUUUUAUCAUCAAAUUUAUUAUUAUUAUUAUUUACAUCAUGGUUAAAUUCGGAUUUUUCAUUAUAUUGGCCAUCAUGGUUAAAAUUUUCAUCAACAUUUAACCAAAUUAUUGAUCGAAUAAAUGCUAUACAUUUACAAAUGAUGAUUAAUAAUGAAAAUACUAAUGAUGAUGAUGAUGAUGGAAUUAUAUUUGAUUUUUCAUGCUUAAAUGAUCAAUUAAGUCCCAGUUGGAUUGAUAUUAUUAAAUUGAUUUAUAAAUCAACAAAUAUACCGGCUUCAUUUAUUGCAAUCAAUAUGAUAAAAGCACUUAUUAAUCGAAUCAAAAUGGAAAAGAAAAUUUUCGAAUCGAAUGAAAAAGAUUCGAAUAAUGAAACUGUUAAUGUUAAUGUUGUUGAUGAUGAACGAAAAUCAUUACAUAGUAUCAUAUCAGCGGAUAAUGAUGAAUGGGAAACAUUACAUUUAGAUAAAGAAAAUUUAAAUUUAUUAGCAAAACAAUUGGAAGAUUUAUUUUUACUUGAUUUAUUAUUGAAAUCAUGUGAUACAAAUACAAAAAUACCAUCAUCAUUGAAUAAUGGUGGUGGUGGUGGUUUGAAAAAUAUUGAAAACAUUUCAUUAUCAUUAUUAUUAACAAGUGGUCCGGGUAUUGUUUCGGAAAUUGUUGCCCGAUGGGCUAUUUAUCAUAAAAUUGAUCCAGAACUUUUUACUGAUUAUAAACAUAUUGAUGAAUGUGAAUCAAAAACAAAUAUAGAUACAUCGGAUAAUAAUGUUGAAAUUUUAAAAAAUAUUAAUUUAGAAAUUGGUAAAAAUGCCGAAAAUGAAUUACAAACAUUAACAGAAAAAUCAACAUUGAUUGAAAUAUUAAAUCAUGUACGUGAAUGUUUUCCAAAUUGUCUUGAUUCUGAUAUUCUACUUAUAAAUUGUUAUUGGGAAUUAUUAAGACAAUGGAAUUAUCAACCAUUAUUAUAUAAUCAAAUUGAACAAUCAUUAAAAUAUUUAGAAUUAGUAUCAAGUUCAAUAUUGAAACAUAAUGUUGCACAAAUGUCAUGGUGUUUAUUUAUACAGAAAAAAUUUGAAUGUUUAUGCCAUUUAAUUGAAAAAAUGGGUAAAAAACCUAAAGAUCGUGUUAUACGUAAAGAAUUAGAAAUGGAUGAAAAUAAUUUGGAACAAUUUUCCAAUUUUAUCUGUAAUUUAUUAGAUUUUAUGAUUCGAACAAGUGUUUCAUCCGAAACUGAAGCAUUACCAUUAUAUACAAUGAAUAAUUGGUGGAAUAGUUUUAAUUCAUCAACUAAUAAUAAUAAUAAUGAAAAUUUUAAUGAAGAAUUUUUUCGAUAUAAUUUACAAUCAUCAUCAUCAACAACAAUACCAUUAGCAAUGAUGGCAAUACAUCAAAAAAUAGCCAAUAUUGAUCUAUUGAUUGAAUAUUAUCAUUUAGCACAAUGUAUACAAUUUAUAAUAAUAUUUUCUGUUAGAAAUGUACAUCCAUUAUCAUUGUUUUCAUCAACAAUUCGUGCAUAUUUUUUUAAAAAAGAUUUGGUUUCAUUUUUAUCUAAUAAUAACAAUGAUGGAAUUCAACUUAAUGAUCCGGUAUUAAUGGAAAAAAGGAAAAAAUUUCUAACCAAUACUAUUACAUCGAUAGUGCAAACAAUUCCAUCAUAUCGUAAUGAUGACGUAAAUGAUACAAAUACCUGUCAACAAUUUUAUAUUAAAGCAAAUCAAUGGUUUGGAAAGCUAAUCGAUUUGGCUAGAGAAUGGUCAAUCGAUAUCGAUUCAUUACGUUUACAUUAUGUACAUCAACUUUAUCUUUAUGGUUGUGAUCCAUUAGCUGAUGAGCUUAUGUCAUCAGUAUUGGAUAUAAAAAUAUUAUGUCGUCAAUUAUUGAUUAUAUGUGGACAACGUUUAUGUACAAUUAUGAAUCAAAUGUUUCAAUCAUUAGAUGAAUGUUCAUUUCUACCACCAAAUGUUUUAUUCUGGAUUAAAUCAUUAAUUAUCGAUCCAAAUUGUUUUACCGAUGUACCAAAAUCAUCAACAAUAUUAUUAUUGGAAAAAAUUUCAAAUUUUCUUUAUAAUAAUAACAACAGUGAUAAUAAUGAUAAUAAUGAAACAAAUUCCGAUGAUUUAGCUAAUUAUCGUAUCAGUCAAGAAUUAUUAUUAGCUUUUAAAAGAUUUGUUUAAGAAAAAAAAAGAAAAGAGAA